AUGCAAAGUUUUUCAAUGUUCCCAGUGGUUGAUAAGCCGCCUAGAGUCUAUGGUAAUUCAGCAACUUUAAUUGACAAUAUUUUCAUAAAUAAUGCUGAGAAUAAUAUAGUCAGCGGCAAUAUCGUGCCCAAUACAACAGAUCACUUCUCUCAGAUGUGCAUAUUAACGUCGCACUGUAAACCAAUCUUUCCAAACAACAAAACUAAGGUGCGUGACUAUUCUACUUUCAAUGCAAAAUCUGUCAUUGACGACUUGCAGAAUAUUAAUUGGAAUAAUAUUUGCAAACAUACCGAUGCCAAUCAAUCGUUCUCCAGGUUUUACAAAUGCGUCAACAAGACAAUUAACAAACAUGCCCCUUUAAGAAGUAUAUCCAAUCCUAAACAAAAAUUCCUUGCUAAACCAUGGCUGACUGCGGGUUUAAGAAAAUCAAUCAGGGUAAAGAAUAACCUCUUCUAUACCUCAGACCGGGACAAAUACAAAUUUUACAGAAAUAAAAUCAUCUAUCUUACGAGAUUAAGUAAAGCGAACUACUACCAAAGUUUUUUUGGUCUCAACAUAUGUAAUAUGCGUCAAACUUGA